AUGCGGCUUCUAAACGUAUCAACGCUGGAACUCUACGACUUCACCGGUGAUGAUGUGCCACCAUACGCUGCACUCUCGCACAUAUGGGCCAACGGGGAGGUGUCAUAUCACGACAUCAUCAAUGGCGACGCACCGCUGAAGAUCGGAUUUCGCAAAAUCCAGCACGCCUGCCGUCAAGCCAUAAAGGACAAUCUGGACUGGACUUGGAUAGACACGUGCUGCGUCGAUAGAACCAGCAGCGCUGAGACAACAGAGGCUAUCAAUUCAAUGUACCAAUAUUUCCGGCAGGCCGCGUGGUGUUAUGUCUUUUUGGCAGAUGUCUUCACCGUCGAUGAUGCAUUAUCCGAAGAGGAUCGCUACCACCAGCUGCGCCGUUCAAAGUGGUUCACUAGGGGCUGGACUCUCCAGGAACUGAUUGCGCCGCCGAGGACGCUGUUCUUUGACAAUGCCUGGAAUCUAAUAGGAAGCAAAGGAUGCCCGGAGUUCGAUGUGCUGUUGUCAGAAAUAUCCGGUGUUCCGGCAUCAUGCAUAGAAGGCUUGCGUUCCCCGCUUGAAUUCAAUGUUGCCACCAGGAUGUCGUGGGCAUCCCAAAGACGAUGUGCGCGAAAGGAGGACGAGGCAUACUGCCUUCUGGGUUUGUUUGAUAUAAAUUUGCCUCUGAUUUAUGGUGAGGGGGGAAGAGCAUUCGUCAGAUUACAAGAGGAAAUACUACGGACCACGAGCGAUCAAUCGCUCUUCAUGUGGACUGUCGACGAGGGCAACCCACGCUGUUGGAAAUCAUCCAGUGUCUUUGCGGAAUCUCCAGAAGAUUUUCGUAUUAUCGGGCGGAAGUCUCACAUCCUUCGAGAACCGUCAACGCCAGCUACGGUGACCCAGCUGGGCUUGAGCAUUUCUUUGCCUGUCGCACCAGUCAGUGGUCGUGACGCUAUCUACGGUCACCCUGAUGAGCCGGCAGGCACAUUUUACGAGGCCUAUUUGAACUGCGAGGACGAUCUUGGCGGCAUGGCAAAGAUAUACCUCCGUCCUGUCGAAGGGGGAAAUGAAUGGCAAAGGCCGAACUCAUUUCACCGCAUCGCAACACCAUUUCAACACUAUGGAAUACCGUCAGAGUACGACGCAAAGGAUAUCUUCAUUAAGACACGGUUGGGGUUCCGCUUGCAUAAUGCGCCCACAUCUACUUCAACCAUAGAGACACCGCACUCUUUUUCGAGCCUGGAAAUAUCACCACCCAUAGCAACAGCGCAGGGUGAGGAACUAAAGCCAAGGAUAUUCCACGACAUGACUGUUAUUCAAGAUACAUAUUCUGCCAUGACCAUUGAGUCAUUGGAAGACAUUUUAUACGAAUGGCAAGUUGAAAGCCUUGUUGGCAGGUCUUUCAUCCCGGAGGGGGUCUUGGAGAAGAUCUUGGAUAGAGAGGCCAUCAAACAUAUAUGCGGCACGCUUAUGCCUGUUUCCCAAGCAUCCGCGUCCUUGGUUGAUCGUGUUAUGUCCUCUAGUCAAAAGAUAUUCGUGGUGUUGAUUUUGUCAGGAUUAUCACAAUUUACGAGCUUCGUCAUUGACAGUAUUGGGUUGACAGACGAACAUCUCCCCAUGCCGGAUCCAAAAUUAAUUCACUCAAAAUCGCCACCAGGGUAUUUGAAGGAACAAGACAGCCAUUCUUGGUCACAAUGGAAAAUCGUGACGGAAACAUUCGCCAGGAAAUCCUACAGUCAGCGGUUCUUUGAGGCUCAGUGGCAAGUUCUGGCACCAGUUUUCAAGACCAAACAUUUGGUUUCGCAUUUGAAUUUGACUGCAAACCAUAUCCUACCGUAUCUGAAGCAACAUCUCGGUCAAUCUGCUACUGUUGGAGCUGAGGAUGACCAAGUUAGGAAUGGGUCGUUCAGUGAUAUUCGCAAGGUUGUCAUACAUCCAAACCAUUACAGCUUUGGGGAUUAUGGGUUGGGGAAUAAUACGAAUAACGUGUUUGCGGUCAAACGACUGCAUGCGGUCGACCGUAUGCAGUUCGAGCUUGAGAGGGAGGCACUGACUCAAUUCAGAGAGGGCCGUCCACGUCACAUUGUUCAAUUAUUGGCAACAUACGAAGUUCAAACAGGAGGUGGCAAUGAUUUAUUUGCGGAUUAUUACAUGAUUUUCCCGUGGGCCGAUGGAACCUUACGCUCAUUUUGGGGUUCACAGAAGGCCCACGUGGGUGAUGUUGCAAUUAUACCUUGGCUCUUGCGCCAGUGCUUGGAGCUGGCUAAGGCUCUUGAACUCAUCCAUGAAGGGCGCAGUGGCUUUCCACACGAAUCGAGCGAAAUUGAGCCAGUACCCCGUUAUGGGCGGCAUGGAGAUGUGAAGCCAACAAAUAUACUCUGGUUUCCCAAUAAUGAGGCGAGUGAGACGAACGAUUUGGGUAGCCUUGUCCUGGGAGACUUCGGGCUUGCAAGAUUCCACCGGAGAGAUUCACGAUCCAACUUGACUUCGACUGACAUUCCACGGUCCAUGACAUACUCGGCACCGGAGUUUUCAACUCAAGGAAGGAUCUCAAGAUCCGUGGAUAUAUGGGCCCUAGGCUGCGUCUUCCUCGAGUUCAUCACCUGGUUUCUUGAGGGUGAGCAGGCUGUGACGGAAACGUUUCCGGACCUCCGUUGUAGUCGAGACUCGUAUGGGUUUAUCUCUGACACAUUCUUCGAAGUUUUUGAAAAAGGGAAAGGCACCGAAAAGUAUCCCACCGCGAGACUGAAACCACGAGUGCAAGACUGGAUCGAACGUCUCCACAGAGGUUCGACACAAUAUUGGUACAUCCACAAAUUUCUGGCGUUGACUCUCAGGAUGCUCGACACCGACCCCCUAACACGCAUUCGAGCUUCAAAAGUAGCAUUUGAGAUGGAAGACUUGCACAGAAAAUGCUUGAGAGAUAUGAUCUCUUUCCCAACUAGGUCGUCCCGGGCUUCUAAGCUGAUUGAACCGGUGGGUCAUAAGACAUCUUCGAUCCUUCGGAACGUCUUACGGCGAUCAAUGUUUGGGCCUUAG